AUGCACUACCAAGCGCAAAAAUACCCUGGUGAUAUAACGAUGGCUCGCGCAAUCGGCAAAAUGUCCUGGGAAAAAUACGCUUUACGCCCAGUCCAAAAUGCACCCCCAGCCACGCUCCCCGUCUUCAUCUACGGUACGGCCUGGAAGAAAGACCGCACGGCAGAUCUAGUCCAUCAGGCCCUGCAGUCUGGGUUCCGCGCGGUGGAUACGGCUGCCCAACCGAAGCACUACCGGGAGGACUUGGUAGGAGAAGGCAUCCGCAGAGCUAUUCAGGACGGCUCAGUCCGACGAGAGGAUCUGCACAUUCAAACCAAGUUUACUUCAGUGCAGGGACAGGAUCCCGAGAAUAUGCCGUAUGACCCUAGGACUUCGGUGACGGAGCAGGUGCAUGCCUCUAUUAAGUCCUCGCUGCAUAACCUCCGUCCGUCUGCGGGACCAGAGAGUGCUGAAGAUGCGUACAUUGACAUGCUCGUUCUGCAUUCUCCCCUGUCGACGCUGGCGCAAACUAUCGAAGCAUGGAAAGCGUUCGAGUCCUACGUCCCCCAUCGCAUCCGCAACCUAGGUAUCUCCAACUGCACCUUACCCGUUCUCAAAGAGCUCUCCUCCCAGGUCAGCGUACCGCCAGCAGUUGUACAGAACCGGUUCUACAGCAUGACGGGGUUUGAUGUCCCGUUGCGCGCGUUCUGCCGGGACAAUGACAUCCUCUAUCAGAGUUUCUGGACUCUAACAGCCAACCCGGAACUUGCACGCAGCAACCCCGUCCAGCAACUUGCCUCGCAGGUUAGCAUCAGUCCAGCUGCCGCUUUGUACUGUCUUGUUCUGGGCUUGGGGAAGACCACGGUGUUGAAUGGAACAACGAACGAGGAUCGCAUGGCUGCGGAUUUGGCUGCACCUCAGCAUGUCGAGAAGUUUAUUGAGGAGCAGCCUGCCUUGUGGUCCAAGAUCAUUGAGGACUUCCAAGGGCUGGUUGGAGACUCCUCAUAA